UUUUUCCAUUUCAAAACUACCUAUAUAUAUGGGUACACACAAAUGCUGAGCGCGUCACUUGAGCAUUUGAGCUCCGGCGGAUCAAACUUCUAACAAUGGAUUGGUUAGCUGCUGUAGCCAUUGAUUUCGGGACAACAUAUUCAGGAUGGGCGUUUUCGUACAAAACCGAGUAUGAAAUGAAUCCUCUCAAAAUAUCAGCAAAGAGGUUUCCAGGAGCCACUUCAUCACUUAAAGCCCCAACCUGCAUUCUUAUCAAUUCUGACCUCAAAACAGAUUCUUUUGGUUAUGAAGCUGAAAAGAAAUAUGCCGAAAUAUGCGGAGAGAAUAAACAGGAUCAAUGGUUUUUCUUCAAACUAUUCAAAAUGAUCCUUUUUAACAAUAAGGCCAUAACAAGGCGUGACACACUAGAGGAUGUGAGUGGUAAGAAGCUACCGGCAAUGAAGGUUUUCUCUCUAGCUAUUGAGUACUUAAAGAAGGAUGUUUUAUUUACACUAAGCAACCACGUUGCCGGUGAUAUAGAUGUCACCGACGUACGCUGGGUUCUCACUGUUCCUGCAAUAUGGAACGAUGCCGCUAAACAGUUUAUGAGGGAGGCAGCACAGGAGGCAGGAAUUCCAGAAAAGAACUUACUUUUAUGUCUUGAACCAGAAGCCGCUUCUAUUUACUGUCGUCAUCUUCAGGUGUCCAAAGAAGCUACAUCAAUUUCCCAGUUUUCAUCUGGAACAAAGUAUCUAGUCCUAGAUGCAGGAGGAGGAACAGUUGAUAUAACUGUGCAUGAAGUUUCUGACAGUGGAAAGUUGAGAGAACUCCAUAAAGCAAGCGGUGGUGCAUGGGGAGGAACUCAAGUAGACAAAGCAUAUGAAGAAGGUCUCUUAGCUAAUAUUGUUGGUCCUGAGGUUGUCUCAGAAUUCAAAAGGCAACAUAUGGAGGACUAUAUUGAAUUUUGUCACAGCUUUGACGGCGAUAAACGGCACAUUUCUCCGACAAAACCAGAUGGAAAAGUGACAAUCCGCAUGAUACCUUCCCUGUCUCAACUUUGUGAAGAAAUGAGAGGAAAUUGCCUGAAGGACUUAUUUCUUCAGUCAAAAUUCAACAGCAAAGGCACAGUUACUGGCGAUAAGAUACGAAUUAGCACUGAAGUCUACUUUGACUUUUUUAAACCAACCGUUCUCAACAUCAUAAGUCACGUAGAAGAUCUAUUGUCCAAACCUGCAGUUCAAGGCUGUGCUGCCAUUCUAAUGGUUGGGGGAUUUUCUGAAUCCCCGAUGUUGCAGCAGAAUGUUAGGUCCACAUUCCAAGAUCUGAAAGUAGUAAUUCCAGACGAAGCAGGAUUAGCAGUCUUAAAAGGAGCUGUCAUCUUCGGACAUCAACCUGCAACAAUAACUGAAAGAAUAUGCAAGUUUACAUAUGGGAAAAAUAUUACCCAUAGGUAUAGAGAAAGCUGCAAACAUCGAAAGGGAAGAGUUGAAAAGGAUGAUAAUGGGGACUUAAGAUGUUACGACUUGUUUGACAUUCAUGUUAAAGCAGGCCAGUCCGUCAAAUUGAAUGAGGAACAACCAGAGAAAAUAUUGAAACCUAUUACCGAUAAUCAACCAAAUAUUGGACUCGAGGUAUAUUCAUCCUCUUCGACAGAUCCACAUCUUACAACAGAAGACGGAUGCAGCCUGAUUGGAAAACUAACUAUUCCCAUUCCGGACACAAGCUCUGGACGAAAACAUGAAUUUGGAAUUAUUUUUAUAUUUGGCGGCACGGAGAUUGUCGUGAAAGUCGUUGACAAAGAGUCCGGUGAAGUGAUGUUGAAAUCCGUCGAUUUUCUUGGAUGAAAUAUUAUAGGUUGAAGAAGAACACUUUCAGAAGUUUUAUUUACUUCUGAUUGCUUUAUGUGACGGUAUGAUUGAUCGCUGAUCGUAAAGUUUUUCCUUGUAUUGACGUGGUUCUCUCUUUUACGGCACACUGCUUCAAUAUCAACUAAUUUUGUGAAACAAGCUUGAAAUAUUAACUUGCAACAAACAACACAUAUAUCAGGUACUUUCAGUUUUGUUUAGGACUGUGUUCACGUGAGAAAUGAAUUUUCCUCUGUCUUAAACGAUGUACACUUUUCUAAGGAACCAUUGUCGAACUUUGUGAACUGCAAUUGAUGCAAAACACUAUGCAAGCAUGUUUUGCCAUUUAUUAUGACUUUAUUGAAAUCAAUAUUUCCAAAUGCAUAUGUAUAAUCAGAAGUGUAAAGAAGCACAAAAUAUUUGCUUUCAUUAGAAAAU